GAAACAAAACAAGAUAUCGUGUUUCUGACUUCCAAUUACAUACAAGUACACUUACAAAUUCAAACAUUUGACAAAAAUAAGAAUGAGUUUCGUAGUAUAUGUGCCUGCAAGAGACGACUCUAUAGUUUCUUGAACAACACUACCACCUACCCUUUAACCCCGACGUCAAUCCCAUCAGCCUUUCUUGAGGAGUAUCAAUGGCCUAAAUCCCACAACCCCACAAACAAUUCUUGACAUGUUUUAGUACUAGAAGCAUAGUAAUUGAUUGUUUUCAUUUUGAAUCCACUUACUCUAAAUCCUGAGUUCGUAUUGAAAUGCCAUUUUCAAGGAAAGCAUUUUCACUCUUUUCUAGUUCUUCUAGUUCUACUUCUCCUUCUGAAUCUCCUAACGCCGGAAAAAUUUAUGGAGGUGGAAGGCGGCUAACUCGGGUGCGGAAAUUGAGACAUGUUGGCGAUGAUGAAGUUGAUUUGCAGCAUACGAAUUUUCAACCUUUUGUUGUCGAUGAACGUUCGAAAUCUAUGCCAGUUUCUCCUGAUAACUACAAGAUUUCUGGGUCUCGGUCUUGUCACUGGUCCAAAUCCGCCGAGCCUCAACCUUUGCCGCUUCCUGAGCUCAAUUCUGCUCCAAAACAGAAUUUGCUUACCAUUGUCCAGGGGGAUGCUUCAAAUCCUGCUGUCAUAAGGGAUCCUUCUUAUCAAACUCCAGUGCAGAUGACAAAUCCUGUGCAUAGAAGAUCAUCUACUCCAACUUAUCGCCGUAGAUGUUUCACCCAGGAUCAGAAUGCUGAAGGUGUUGAAGAGAACUUCAGACUUAAUGUUUCCGCUAGAAGUGCUCCAGGCAGCGGUUUUACAAGUCCGAAUCUUAGCCCAAAACGAUAUAACUCAGUAGACCUUUUCCGUCCUACAUUUCAUCAAGCAUCAUCACCUUCAGACAUUUCUUUGGAUAGACGAGCAGGUUGUCCUAUCCAACUUUCAAGUGCAAGGGUUACACAAAGCGCUGAUCAUUCUCCCCUUAGUAGCCCGACUCCACAGAAUCCAGUCAACAGAAGUUGGAAUCACCAAAAUGGUGCUGUGCAUUCACAUCACAAAUCACUUCCAGAAAGUCCAGCAGGUUGGCCUGAAAGCAAUAAUGUGCACCCUCUACCACUUCCACCCGGAGGUUCACAACAGCCACAAUUACCUACCAGCCAUAACAAUAUGGAUCAACCAGAUGUUCAAUCAGUGAAAGGUCAAUGGCAAAAGGGGCGACUUUUAGGGCGUGGUACUUAUGGAAGUGUAUAUGAAGCUACUAAUCGUGAAACUGGUGCUUUGUGUGCGAUGAAAGAAGUUGAUCUCAAUCCAGAUGAUCCUAAAUCUGCUGAAUGUAUAAAGCAGUUAGAACAGGAAAUAAGAGUGCUCCGGCAGUUAAAGCACCCAAAUAUUGUUCAAUAUUACGGAAGUGAAACAAUGGAAGAUACCUUUUGCAUAUAUCUGGAAUAUGUUCACCCAGGAUCAAUUAAUAAGUAUGUCCGGGACCAUGGUGGAGCUAUGACAGAGUCGAUAGUUCGAAAUUUUACACGACAUAUAGUAUCAGGGCUGGCUUACUUGCAUAGCACUAAGACAGUACACAGGGACAUUAAGGGGGCAAAUUUGCUUGUUGACGCAUGGGGAAUUGUCAAGCUUGCAGACUUCGGAUUAGCAAAACAUCUCUCAGCGUGUGCAACUGAUCUAUCUCUGAAAGGGAGUCCUCACUGGAUGGCUCCAGAGGUAAUGCAGGCUAUGUUACGCAAAGAUUCCAAUCCAGAGCUUGCCUGUGCUAUCGAUAUAUGGAGUCUGGGUUGUACUGUCAUUGAGAUGUACACUGGACAGCCCCCUUGGAGUGGAUUAGACGGGGUCAAAGCUAUGUUCAGUGCACUGAACAAAUCACCACCUGUACCAGAAACGUUAUCUUCGGAAGGAAAGGAUUUCCUCAGGUGCUGCUUUCAGAGAAAACCUGCAGAUCGGCCGACAGCUCUGUUGCUACUUGAGCAUCCUUUCUUAAGUAAUACUAGUUCACGUGAGCAUAGUGCUACUAUUUCAGGUUGCUCCGAAGAUUUCUCUAGAAUGAAAUUACAUAGUCCAAAAGACCCAACAAACUUUAGUAAGGAACUUAAUCUACUUUCACCAGGAACAUCAUCCAGGCAAGCAAAAUCUCUAUGUAACGGUGAAACAAGCCACCGAUCACAUUCUGUAACCUGCGACUACGGAGCAACUUCUCACCACUCUCCUCGUUCUACACUCGAAAUACUUCCUUGUAUUUCUUCAUCGGAGCUGAAUCUCAGUUCACUUGCAGCUGGCUCCUCGAGCAAUCCCAAUAGUAAUUUGCUUCCCGGACCCGAAAUCAUAAGUACUGCUUAUGUUUUCAACUGCAGGAUUCAAGGAAAGGAAAUCCCAAACCUAUAACUUUUGUGUAUAAGAUCAUAAAACAAGAAAAUUUGAAAGAACUUGUGUACAUAUUAGACUAGGUGAAAUAGAGAAUACUUGUAAUAUGUACAUUCAUUUAUGUUCUUGACAUCACAUGUUUAUGUUUAAAGAAUGUAAAAUGGCUAUAUUUUGGAUGAAGGUAGUAACUCUUUUUAUACUUAAAGUUGUAAAGUUAAAGGUAGUAAAUUUUGUGUCUAAGGUGUUUUAAACUAA